AUGUGCGGCAGGUUCCUGAGGCAGCUGUUGGCUGAGGAGAGCAGGCACUCCACCCCUGUGGGCCGCCUCCUGCUUCCUGUCCUCCUGGGAUUCCGCCUCCUGCUGCUGGCUGCAAGUGGGCCUGGGAUCUACAGCGAUGAGCAGAGUGAAUUUGUGUGUCACACCCAGCAGCCCGGCUGCAAGGCCGCCUGCUACGACGCCUUCCACCCCCUCUCCCCACUGCGCUUCUGGGCCUUCCAGGUCAUAUUGGUGGCCGUACCCAGUGUGCUCUAUGUGGGUUUCAUCUUGUAUCAUGUGAUCUGGCGUUGGGAAGAAUCGGGAGAGGUGAAGAAGGAGGAGGAGACCCCAUUCUAUGAAGGGGACAGCAGGAGAGAUGCUUCAGGGGCUGGAAGUCCCAGGCUGCUCUGGGCUUAUGCAACACAGCUGGGGACCCGACUGGUCCUCGAGGGGGCAGCCCUGGGAGGGCAGUACCAUCUGUAUGGGUUCCAGAUGCCUGGCUCCUUUGCCUGUCGUCGAGAGCCUUGCCUUGGUAGUAUAACCUGUAAUCUGUCCCGCCCCUCUGAGAAGAACAUCUUCCUGAAGACCAUGUUUGGGGUCAGUGGGUUUUGUCUCCUGUUUACUCUUUUAGAGCUUGUGCUUCUGGGUUUUGGGAGAUGGCGGAGAACCCAGAAGCACAAAUCUUCCCCUUCUAACUACUUCCCAACUUCAGAGAGCACCAGAAGACACAAAGAACCGACUGAUAACUUCUCAGUGGUGGAAACAAAAGAGCAGUUUCGAGAAGCAGGCCCAGCUGCACAGACCCCCGUAGCCCAGAACUCCUUCUUGGGCUGCAACUCGCCUAGGACUCCCGAAUUUAAAUCAGCCCACGCGGCGGACGAACACAGCUCUCACGCCUCUAACUUGAAGGACAGGCCAAGAUUGGAAGCACCUCUCUGCUUGGUUCCACCAGAGGCGGCACAGUCGCCGCACUCCUGUGCCUUGCCCACACCCCAGGCUUCUGACGUCCUGCUAGAUUUCCCCGAGGGGGAUUUCCGCAUCUCUAUGGUCGUUUGGAGGAGCCGCCCACCGUCCCGUCAUGCCCCGCACUCAGGCCUACGCCAGUCGCUUCUGUCCUGCGCGAAACCCAGCGGCUCCUAG